AUGGCCGACGUUCUGCUGUCCCUCAAGCACGCCGUGGUCCAUCCGCACCAGGUGGGUGACUCGCCGCCGCCGCCGCCCCUCAUGCCCUCCCACCACCCGCUGCCCCCUUCCACCCCCGCCCCCCCUACUCCCCGUCACCUACCCGCCCUACACCCACACGCCCACCUACAUGUCCCUGGCGCCCCUGGUGGCCCCCUCCCCCCCGCCCGACCCCUCCAUCACAGAGCCCUGCUGCCGCCGCCCGUGGGCUCGCCGCCCUCCGGCGCCCGGGCGACGCCGACCUCCCCCCGGCCACGACCCUGGGCGAGGCCGUCACCCUGCCCGACGCCAUCGGGCCACCUCCCCUCCCCCUCCCUCCCUGUCCACGGCCCUCAGCGCCCAGGGCUCGCUCGGCUUCGGGGCGGCGACGCUGGGGAGCAACUCGGGGGCGUUCGGGAGCAGUAUGGGCUCCCUGGGGGGCCUCUGCCGUCCAUGGGUCCUCGCGGAUACUCUAGUCCUAUAAGCAGUUCCUUAAGCGGAUCGCUCGGGGGGCCUCUCCUGCCGCCGCCUCCGUCGAUGUCUCCCUUCUCGUACCAGCAAGGCCACGGUAAGGUGGUGACACGAGGUUCCGUAGCGGCCGCUCCCUCCCGUAGACCCUGCCGCCCCGCCCGCGCCCGCGCCCGCCGUCACGCCAGGCGGGAGGCCUCGGCUCGCCGCCACGGUCCGGCUGCUGAUUGGCCGAAGACGUUCAGCCAAUCAGCGGCCUGGACUGGGCCUGGGGAGUCCGGUGACCUGACCUGCCGGGCUACUGACGCAGUAAUUAGUCCGAGCGAGAGCGAUAGACCGCCGCCGCCGCUCCCGAGUACAGUGUAG